AUGGGAAUAGGCUCAAGCAAUCUGGGGGAUGCGAUCCUCUUCCCCGCUCCGGCAGCCUCGUACGAUGCACAACUGCCGGGCUUGUUGUGGAUCGAGGAAGACUUCCCGCCCCUCGCUCCGCGCGGGAGUCUCUCGCCUGAAGAGGCCGCGGAGCUGGAGGCCGUCCAUCGACACUCCCGAGCGCACCAGCGCCUGUUUCCUGCGUUCUUCAUCUCAGCUCCCGGCGGGGAAAGUCAGUGCACCAUCCUCUACUGGCAUGGCAACUCGUGCGACUUGGGACAAAUCUACGAAGAACUCGACGUCCUCUCCAAGUUUCUCAAUGCCCACGUGCUGGCAAUUGAAUUCCCUGGUUACGGCCUUGCUCCCCCGCUGAACGGACCGGGCCCCGAAGACCUCGCCGCAGCUGCAAUCGGCGCAGAGGGUUCGUCGGCCGACGAGGCAGCUGUGCGCCGCACUGCCUCGGGGCUGUCGAAGAACAAGAUGGGGGACUUGAUCAACAAGUGGAGCCGAUCAGCAUUCAACUUUCUCGCCUGGCUCGGCGUCACGCCGUCGAAUGUGCUGUGCUUCGGGCGAAGCAUCGGAACAGGCCCCGCCAGCUACUUGGCCGCCGCUUUGGCAGAGCAGAACAUCCACGUCGGAGGCGUCGUCCUGCAUGCACCGUACAUCACUGUCCACAAAAUCGUGCAAGAAUAUGCGUCUCUGGGCACCUGGCUCAUCUCGAAUCACUGGAGCAAUGCAGCGAACCUGGAGAAGAUGGCUGUUGCCUCGUGUCCCCUUCUGAUCGUCCAUGGACUCGACGACGAGGUUAUCCCGACCAGCCACGGCCGGAGGCUCUUCGAAACGUACCAAUCCGAGAAGAAGGAAGGCUUUUUCCCUGCUGAUUCCUCGCACAACCGCUACUACAUCAUUGACGAUUUAGGUAAACCGAUGGAGGCGUUUCUCCGAGACAAGAGCCUGGUGACCGGCGCUCCUGCAGUGCGCGUGGAGAUUCCCGCGUACGUCCGCGCGCCGCCGCAGUGGCAGCUCCAGUCUCAGCGCGCAGGCGUCGCGCCGCUUGUCUGUGAAGCGGAUUCGGCGUCUUUUGUCGCAGACGCCGCGAUCUCUGCGCUGCCUUCUUCGCCGGCUUCUCCGGAAGCGGCCGAGGCGAGGGAGGCCUUGGCCGAGUUCGCGUCGCCCGCCAGAGAAGCAGCGCUCCAAGCCGCGCAGGGUGGGUCGGCAGUCGUCGCGGCGACGGCGCAUGCAGUGGAUCGGAGCAACUCUGCGCUGGGGAACUUGAUUGCCUCGGCAACAGGGUCCAAGGGCGGUCAGUGGAACGUGGGCAUCUCGCACCCCCCGCGCGCGAGCGAAGCGAGCGAAGAGAAGAGAAGAGACGGCGCCGGCGGGGCAGAAGGCAACGCGCCGCAUUUCUCGCAGAUGAUUGAAAGUGGAAUCUUCUCGAGAGGUUCGCUGGAAGAAAUCAUGGGCGAGGCGCUUCGCGAGGUCAAUCGAGAUGGAGCGGGAAAUGCGCAGACGCCCUGA